AUGCAUCAAGGUUUACUUAUUCCCGAAGUCCUCCUGGAGAUAUUCGCUUAUGUGAAUAUAAUACCAUCUACUGAAACAACAUCGACCCAGAAAUUGCUUGCAGCGCUUGCAAGGACAUGCAAAAUCUUCCACGAGCCUGCGAUGGAUUUGCUAUGGACUGAAAUCCAUGGAUUAGAACCACUGCUAGGCUGUGUAGCGAGGCUACAUCCACUGAUAUAUCAUAUUGGCACAAGGUGGGGCGACUCGUACAAGCCCCGGUGGGCGAAAGGUGUCGAGCCAUUAUCUGCCCAUGAGACCCAUCAAUUUCUGCGUCACUCCUCUCGCAUACGCACGUUGAACAUAAGAUCUGAACAUCCGUACCUUCUCUCUGUCAUCCCCGCCGAGGCAUACGUAUUUCCGAGGCUGAAGUCAUUAAGUUUUUCCGCCAUAUAUUUGAACCACUUCCUGCCUCGCACGAUGCACCGAUGUCAUCUAUUGAGCGUCGACAAGGGUCUGCAAUAUUUUGUGACACGUUGCAUUGCUCUGGAGCAUUUAUACAUCUACACUCCCAUAAGCGAUGAUGAUGGCAGCACAGCGGAUGAACUGUCCCUCCUAUCCGAUAGGAUUCAUUGGUGCACGCGGCUUGUAACUCUUUCUUGUCCAAUGCUCGACUGGGCAGCAUGGAAGCACCUCUCCUGUCUCCCUACCCUUCUCAAAUUGGAAAUUGAUCCAGGAUGUAUUGACUCUCCUUCGCUGCCAAAACAAGAUCUCGUGAAUUUAUCAUUCCUUAACAUCACAAGCCUUUCCUUCCGAGAGCUCUGCGAUGCUGGAGACAUCAUCACAGUCAUGCAACAUUCGCGAUUUCCCUCGUUGAAAGAGUUCGACUUUGAAGCCCACUUUCUGUCUUUAGAAAAGGCCGAGCAACUCUCUCAUGCUCUGCCCCACUACAAUGACGUGCUCUUGCAAGCUAUGUCUAGUUGGCCGCACAUCCGCACUCUGGACAUCAGCCACUUACUAGACGACCAUCUUUCUUCUUCCGAAGUCUCCCUCCGUGGAUUAUUCACAGCGCUCAGUCUGUGUCCACAAUUGCAUAGACUACGACUUCCAAUCAAUAUUGCAACUAUCGACGUUGAUCCUGAUGCCGAGCCAAUACAACAUACCUCCCUACGAUCAUUGGAAUUGGAGACAUCGGAGUCUGAAAUAGCAGAUGCAGAAACUCUCGCUCGCAUCAUUUCCGCCUGGCUCCCUUGUGUCGACCAAGUUCUAAGCACAGAUAGGAGGUGGGAUAAAUUCAACAAGCAUCUCAAAUCUUUGAGAGCGGCUACUGCGCCGUAUGCCUGCUAGAAUAAUUGAGUUUGUAAUACCUUCACGUCCGGGAAUGUUGUUGCAUAGCUUCGAGUUCUUUCGUUCUUUCGUUAUCGUUGUCGCUGUUAACUUUAGUUAUAAACUGGUGUACUAGCACUUCUGCAUAAUCGCCAAGGACCCACUGGUUCAUUGUCAUUAGUACGAUUUCCAACAUCAUUACAAUGUUCCGGCUUGGAGUGGG